AUGGCUUCAGACGAGCUGUCGGAGCUCCUCCUGCUACCGUCCUCUUCCACGCAGCUCGUGCUGCCCGGUGAGCGAAGAAGGUUGCUCUUUCGCGAGCCUGACGAGAUGGAGAUGCUGAGUCAUUCUGUGACGAACAAUGACGGCAAGUUUGGCCAGAUGAUCAGCACGGAAAGCCAAGCAGAAACGGUCGCCGAACAGUGUGCAGGCUCUGAGGAGCGAAUGCGGAUGAGGAUGAGCUUUGCAGCUGCGGGGCUGCCGCAGCAGGUCGAGCCGUGGGUGGCUCUGCUCCAGGUGAUGGAGGUGAGACGCAUCAACCACGAUGGCGCUCUGGCCAUUGAGGUGAAGGGUGUCGGGAGGGCCGCUCUCGAGAGCGUCCCUGCACGAGUCCGCCGCCCAGACGGCGUCCUGCGGGCGGCCGCCUCCUUUGUGGGCGACGAGUUGCUGAGCAGCGACCCGAACAGCUCGGCCCUCUCCCAGUUUCUCGACCUCGCCGAGCACAUGGAGCGGGUGGAGGAGGAGCUCGACGCGUGCCGCGCGCUGGAGGGCCAGCUCCUCGAGCCCGAGAGUUGCGCCCGCUUUGACGUGCCGCUGAGGGAGCAG